AUGUCCUCCAACUAUACCAAGUCCCACCUCUCGGCCAUCACGUUCUUGCACCCGCCAAACCCUGUGAAUAUCAAGCAGUGCCCGUGCGAUGCGAAACCUGAGCCAAAGCCAGCCUCUGAACAGAACACCUUCAUCCGCGUCUACCACACUGAGCCAUCCAUCUAUGGGUACAACGCGGGCUGCUCCCUUGUGAGGGAGUCUAGGUAUAGCACUUCACAGCAGUGGCAUGGGCCCUCGGACGACCUCGUUGCAGAUGAUGCCGCUCCUGGGAGCCCUGUUGCUUCCGUUGGAUGGUGGGCUGACCUGGCGAACGAAGUGUGGGAGACCAGAGUCUACUAUGUGGCCAACGGUGGGAACCUUCAGGAGCGCAUCAACAACAGUUCCUUCUCGCCCACGGUCAAAGACGACUUUGACACUCCACUCCCAAAGCCUGAAGAGUUGAUUCCACCCACGCCGGGAUGGAAGUUGACGCCGAUCCUCGCCACCGAGAACGGAACUGAGACGAGUGAAAAGACCGGGUUCCCUGACAUUCAGCCCCUCCCUGAGACGAAGCUGGCCGUCGUUCGCUCGGGAGACGGAAAGAUUCACGUCUUCUACCAAGCUGCCGACAACUCUAUUCUUGAGGCUAUCUUCAACCCUGGGAAGGGUUGGAUCGCCGAGAAGAGUGUUGUAGUCGCCUCCGGAGCCAAGGUCGGCACUCCCUUGACUGCCAUCUCGGGAGGUUGGGCUGAAGUGAGGCUGUUUUUCGUCGAUACAAACGACGUGCUGGCGUAUGUCUACGCAGAUGAUCACACCGGCUGGGUUCAACAGGAGCUUCCAGCCUACAAGCUCCCUCCCACGGCUAUGCUCGCAGCAGUUGCUUGGAACUAUGCGUCGCCCUUCUUCGGGAUUCGUGUCUACACCACGGACGAUCGUGACGAGCUUCACGAGUUCUCCUACAACCGCAACUCUGGCGGCUGGGUCACAGACUCACAUUCUGUGAAUAAACAGAACCCCGGAGGCUUGCACGUUGGAUUUCAAGGAUCUGCGGCCCUGUCGGCUGUUGCCGCUGUACUAGUUGAGGGCGAAUGGAAGACCAAGGUCUACUUUCAUCCACGCCGCACGAUCCUCGAAUGGGACGUCUGCGCCAAGGCACCUCCGACUGUUGGUAUUCACAAGCCAAGCCAAGAGGGCGAGCUUAAACGUUCGAUCGAAGGAGAGACGCGGCUGAAGAUCGCCGAGGAGGAAGAGCGCAAGAGGGCUGAAGAGGAAGCAAAGAGAAGAGCUGAGGAGGAAGCGAGAAAGAAAGUAGAGGAGGAGGAAGCUAAGAGGAAGGCAGAAGAAGAGGAGGAGCGUCGAAAGGUUGAGGCGGAAGAGGCGCGGAAGCAAGCGGAGAAAGAGGAAGCGCAGAAGAGAGUGCAGGAGGAACUACAGCAGUACAGAAGCAUCCCGGUGGGUGGCAAGGUCAGUCUGAGGGACAACCCGGAGAUGGACAAGAUCUUCAAGGAGGCCACCAGGUGCAACGCCGGGUACGACUGGCUCAGGACCAACGAUGGCUGGCGAUGCUCGGGCGGUGGCCACUUCCUCACCAACGAGCAGUUUGAGACGCUGAGCCGAGGAGGUUAG